CGUUCACUUAUAGCGUUCACUUAUAGCGUUCAUUUGUGGCGUUCGUGUGGACAGCAAAGUAAGAAUUUCAUUGUUCAGGGAAACAUGUUUCCUCACUGUACAUGUGACAGUAAACCCUUGACCUGACCUUGACCUUAAAAUGGAAAGGGCCCAUGCUCUGUGGAGAGGAGAUGUGCUCUGUCCAUUUCAGGGCAACGUGUGUGUAAGACUUUGUUAUAUCUUGAGCAAAAGUGAAAAUUUUACCAUAUGAUGAGUGCGAGAGGAAACUCAUGAGACCAUCAAAACAUUUGAAUUAAUCCUGGGAUCAUGAAUAUUCCUGUUUGUGGAAACUAGCCAAGAUAAAUUGCAAUUUAAAAAAUUGUGUAACUAGACAAAUGGUAGGAGGGUCAGAAAUCCAUGCCAACAAUAUUUAUAGCAUGUUUCAUGAUAGCCUGCCCAGUGAGAUUUGGUCUAAAGAGCUGGCCUGGGGUAAACAUAGCAACAUUUUUUAGGGCCCAAAAACAACAUAAAAUUUAUAGCAGGUGGAAAUGCAUGUGUCAUCAUCACUCAGUAAAGUUAGCACAGAUGUGCACACAAAUUUUAAGAUCUAAAACAACAACUCAAAGCCCUGUUUAUGAUCCAUGCUUUAUGAUAGCGGUUAUAUUAUUCACAGACAAAGCUUGACCUCACGCUAUACUGUAUUUCAACUAAACUGCCUCCUCUUUUUUUUUUUUUGUUAAAGAGAACGCUAACAAAAUUAGUGCAGUAAUCUAGUGUUAGCAUGGCAGGGACUGAAAGUCUGAAAGAAGCCAGUCAAAGGCAAAGUUGUGCACGUGACAAUAAAAGCAGUAAAUACUGAAUGAAAAGUUCUCAAUCUACAGCACACGGCUGGCGUAUGGUGUUCAAAGUCAAGUAGUCCUACUGUUGUCCAGUGCAUUUAUGUGUAUACAGAGUAAAUCUAUGAUUGUCAUUUAUUACCAGUGUGAUGCAAUCUUUCCACAGAGGGUUUUGUUCUCCAGUGAGUCCCCAGUCCAAAUGGUCUAGGAUUUAUCAGAGCUCUCACUUUAAAUAGGAUGAUGUGCUUCUUAACUCUUUCGAACUCAAUUCUCACUCAACUUACACUUGAAAAUGUCUGUUGUUGCACACUCAUCCUGAAAAUUAUUUACUGGGCAAAUAUUAUGCUGACUCAGUACAAGCAGAGCAGAUGUGCAAACUGAUGCAGAAAAAACACAUUUACACCCCACAGUGAUUUAGUGAAUGUGUUCUUGCCCCUUUUUCAUCUGUCACUGGCAGCGUUUCGGUUCCCACACAGCCUUCUGUAUUUUGUUUAGCUACUGCAUAGAUGGUACAGUUAAUUUUGUGCCAAAAUUUAAAUAAAAUAUCUGAUACCUAAACAAAAACCCUCAGUGAAUAGUUGCUCUCUUUGUGGGCUUUAGACUGUAAGCUUUACAGAAAUGCAAAUUUGUCCUGACUCCUAAAAACCUCCUUCUAUUUGCAGUAUUUAUAGUUUUGCAUUCUGCAGUGCUUUCCUAGUAAAAUUACGUACACAUAAAUGUUUUGUUUUUUAUCUACAGUAUUUGCAAAUUGUUGACCACUCUUAGCUUUAUGUUACAGACUUUAUAGAUAAAGUUAAAUGAAAAAAGCACAGAGCACUAACAUACCAAAGUUUUGUCUGGAUGAGGGGAGCCGUAAUAUUUAAUCUUCCCAGUAAAUUAUAGAUUAUACACUGAACUUGCUUUAGCUUGCCAGUUUGUUCACCAUGCAACUUUCUCCUCACUUUACAGACUCAGACAAAGCUUCACCUGUUUUACUAUGAUCUAACUAACAAGCAAGAGCUGUAAAACCACAGCAGUGCAUGGACUGCACAGCUAAAACUGUAUCUGGGCUACUUUUUUAUUUCAACUUUGACCAUGAUAAUGUACAUGAAUUUCUGUGUAAGCAAAGGACUUUGGUGCUAAUGUUUGCAUGUGUUCAAAAGAUGUAAAGGUGUGGAUUUAGAAGUCAGAGCAAGCAACCCUGCAGCCGUGGACAAUGUGUUCAAACUCUUAGGAGCUAGCAGCACCCUCCGCAGGCUGGCUAUGUGAUUGGCUGAGCACUGACCAUGAUGUCAUCACUGCACGUUAUAAGUGCUCUGACAAAUAGCCUGGGAGACACACUAGAAGAAACACUGCUCAGCUGAGACACAGUCAGUGAGGCGCACGGAGAAAAACAUAAAGUAGAAAGGACAUGUGACGCUGAAUACUUGGCAGGACCUACCUGAACAGUUACAUUUCUACUUUAUGUGGAAGGCAGGAACCAAGACAACUACCUGUGGAGAUGGGAAGUCCAACCCCCCCAAUCUACUGCAAUGUGAGUGCAGAGAUGUUCAACUUGUCAUCAGACCCAUCUAAGCACGAGGAGGGUUACAGCGAGGUAACAAUGAUCCUGCUGGGCAUGAUCAUGUCCUUGCUUGUUCUGUGCAUUGUCUUUGGCAACAUCCUGGUCAUCACUGCGAUUGCUCGCUUCCAGCGUCUCCAAAAUGUCACCAACUGUUUCAUCACGUCCCUGGCCUGUGCUGACUUGGUCAUGGGUCUUAUUGUGAUUCCUUUUGGCGCCUGUUACAUCAUCUUUAAGACCUGGCACUUUGGUGGCUUCUGGUGUGAAUUCUGGACUGCGACUGAUGUGCUCUGUGUGACUGCAAGCAUCGAGACCCUGUGUGUGAUAGCUAUAGACCGUUAUUUGGCCAUUACUUCUCCCUUCCGCUAUCAGUCACUGGUGACCAAGUGCAAGGCUCGCAUUGUGGUUGUGCUGGUGUGGGUGAUUGCCGCCUUGAUAUCUUUUCUGCCCAUACACAUGAAGUGGUGGUUAUCAGAUGAUAAAGUAGCUAAGGAGUGCAUCGAGGACAGUAACUGCUGUGAGUUCUACACCAACAUGGCUUAUGCCAUCACCUCCUCCAUCAUCUCCUUCUACAUCCCUUUGGUCAUCAUGGUUUUUGUCUACAGCCGUGUUUUCCAGGAGGCCAAGCGCCAACUGAAGAAGAUUGACCAAAGUGUCGGACGUUUUCAUACCAGUGACAUUAGCAACCUCAAAUCUCUAGAGGGCAAUAAUGGGCGCGCCCACAAGAAGAUGAAGUUUUGCCUGCGGGAACACAAAGCUCUAAAGACACUGGGCAUCAUCAUGGGGAUAUUCACUCUGUGCUGGCUGCCGUUCUUUCUGCUCAAUGUGGUGGUGGCCAUCUGGAAGGUGGAGGGCAUUGACCUCGCCUUCAGGAUACUUAACUGGAUAGGUUACGCCAACUCUGCCUUUAACCCGUUCAUUUACUGCCGGAGUCCAGAGUUCAGGUAUGCCUUCAAAGAAAUCCUCUGCAUGAAGAGGAACCACCUCAAAAACCCGGGACCUGUGAAUGGAUACAUCUAUAGCAGGCACAGCUGGCAGAGCGAGCAGCUAGGAAGGAGUAAGGGCAACUCAGAUGACGGUGACCCCAGUGAAGGGUGUCUGGGGAAAGGACCGGGGGUUUGCAGUGUUGUGGACAGAGCAGUGGACCCCAAUGGGAACUGCAGCAAAGGACUAAUGACUGUAACAACUGUUCUUUAAACUCAGAACUCUGAAACUUGUGUAAACAGUGCGAUCCAGACAUGUUUACACUGCUACCAUAAACUUUAGUCCAACUGACUGAUGAAGGUAGGGCCAGUCAAACUCACUAGCACAGUCUAUGGAAACUGCUUUAAAGAAAUCGUUAUCAUGUUCAGCUGAGAAAAGCAUUUCUUUCCUCCUCAAAUCCAGUGACUAGAUAUUGUAGGUAGAUAAUUUUGCAGUUUAUUACACAUAUAGCGAUUUUACAUCUACCUCAUUACAUCUUUAUUUACUCUACUAAAUGGCCUGGAGAUUGUGUAUAGUAAGUGCACAUUAUCUGACUGCAACUGAAUUUGUAGGCAUGUUGUUUUUAUUUCAUGCAUGGCAGAAGAUCCCAUCAUUUACUAGCAUAAAAAUCUUUUUAAGUUUAAAGUAAAUGUUGUUUGAGGCUGUAAAUUCCAUUUGAGCAUGCCAAUUCAACACAGAUUAAGUUAUUUCCAUUAGAAAAUGGACAGGGAGUCUUGAAGGAUCAAUUAUAAUGCCUCUUAAAAUACAUUCCAAGUCAAGAAAGUUAUAAUUUGGCUUUGUUAUGAUUAUUAUUAUUUUUCCUUUUUGAUGGAUUGAAAAAUGAUCAGCAGCAGGUGUGGCAGAACCUGCCUUUCUCUCUGUCUUUACUCAUGUCUCAGCAAUGUUUGUGAGGCCCUGCUCGUCUUAUUUGCAGCUGUUGCAUGGGAGUUUCUGUUGUCAGCAGAUAACACCAGAGAUAUGACAGUUCAGGACAUCUCACUGGUGCAAGCUGAGAAGCUGCUUGGGCUGUCCUCUGUGAGUCAUAUGAUAAAAUGUGUAAGUCUGUAUACGUUGUAUCAGACAGAUUCCAUUACCUUCCUUCAAGACAUAUUUUUAGUGCAAAGCAGAUGAAUUAUGUUUAAUAUGGUUGACCCUGGGUAUUGAACUUUAAGGCUUCUAGCUGUUAUAUGUGUAUAUUUUAAUGCACGUUUUUGCUACUGUGCAUGAUGUACAGUUAAUCACUAUUUGGUACAUUAUAUAGCCAUUACACAAGUGAAAGGCAAACUGAGUCUACCCUCUCUCUGCAUGUGCCAGUAGCAUUAACAGUUGUUCCAAAUGUUGCACUUAAAUUUUGUAGUUGUUGUUUCAGCAUGUACAGUGUUUACUGAAACCUGAGAAACAGUUUUUUUUUAGCCAUGGUACAAAGGUACAACCAUACAUAAUAAUAAACAGUGUGUCGAAAGCCAUGUGAUAACAAAGUUCCAGGCUUGGGACGGGGUGAUGUUAACUACUCAGGAAAAUAAACAGAAAUCUCCUGGAGCACUCCUUAGCAUUGCACCUUUGUUGCUGUGCCCUGACAUUUCCCAGAGUCUUCUCAGUGUAAACAGAUGUCUGGAUCUUUAAAAAGUCAGUCUAACAUUUGCAUAAGACACUCAGAUGUCAGCAGAACAGAGUCUAAGCUGUUCCAGCUGUUUCAGUCAGUUAGAGUCAGUGACCUAUAGGUAAUUUUUUGGUUCGCUGUGUCCAGAAAAUGCCCCAAUCCAUCUGAGCGAAGCUCAAUAAACAUGAAAAAUUACAUUAUCACUGCUGUUUAGCUAGAAAAUCAGAUAAGUCCCUCUUGAAAAAUGACAUCAAAAUAGGUUAUAAGAUUAUAAAGUAUACAGUUUACAGGUUGUGAUGACACUCUGUUAUGACACAUUUUAAGAUCGCAGGCUCUUGGGAAUGUCACUUUUUUACUUAUGUAAAUGUUAAAGUAGAAUGAGGACACAGAGCUUUAAUUGGAAAUUUGAACCCAGAUUUCCCAGACUAAAUAGCUUGUAAAAUUAGUACUCUGAAGAAAAAUAAUGGAGGUGUUGCUGUAGCUGUACCCCUUUCCCCCAGUUAGCUUGAUCUCGAGUAUGUUCUGAGCAAAAUGACAGCAUGCUAAAUGUGGCUACUAAAGGCAAGGGGGCGAGAAGGGAUUCUCUGUCAUUCUAAAUCGGUGUUAGUGACCUGUGUUGCAAGUGGCAUUACCUCUGGAGUGAGGUCAGCUGACACCAUCAAAACUGUGAACUUUGUUCCCUCAGAGGAAUCGCUAUGUACUGUACAGAUAGGUUUAGUCAGUGCUUUUACCUUAGGGAUAGACAGAACUAUGGCGUCAUCAUAGGUCAGCUUUUCCAUAUGUUGAUUUUUUUUUUCUUUUAAUAGUUUCCUUUCAUGGAUUUACAGCAAAGUAAAUUCAGGGGUUCAAUGUAAUAAUAAAUGUUUUCAGGUUUUUUUAAGUGCAUUUUCACACACUAAGCAUAAAACAGAUAAAUAUUUUAGACCAAGAUUUUGUUAGAUGACUAUUGUAUUUAUUCACUCAGUUAGUUGAAGCACUGACACCAAAUUACUUAGUCAUUGCUA